AUGGACACUGGUAUCAUUGCAUCAUUUAAACUUUACUAUCGUUAUAUGCAACUUCAACAUGCAGUUGAUCGUGAUGAAGCUGGUAAGAGAGAUAUAUAUAAAGUUAACCAACUGCAGUUAUGUAUAAAAGUUAUAUCUCUUUAUGAUAAAAAUGGAGUAUCUAUUAUCCCUUCUUCUGAUGAAAGCAUUGAAGACAUAAAAGAAAACCUACUUGUUGACCCUAAUGAUGAAUUAGUAGUAAAGAAACUUCAGCAGCAAAUUAAUGCUUUGGAUGUUCAUAAUCCAAUGCCAGUUGAAGAUUUAUUAAAUAUUAAAGAAGAACAAGAAGCUGUUACAAAAAUUGAACAGAAAGAAAAUGAAAUUGUAAUACCACCUUUAACUAGAGAAGAACAAUUGAGAAUUUUACAUAAUGUUUUAAGAAUUGUUGAUGAGAGGAUCGAUAAUAGUGGAGUAACAAUAAAGUCCUUGUGCAAGCUGCAAUUCUGUAUUUAUAAGGAGGUUCAAAAGGAGAAAGCUAAAAAACAAGUCCAACUUAGAUUAGAUUAA